AUGACACCUGAUGAAAUCGCCGCCAAGGAGCGCGAGCUCGCGGAUCGCACCGCUGCCCUCGACGCCCGCGAAGCCGCCCUCAAUCAGCAGCUCACCGCUGCCAACCAACUCAACACCGCCAACCCACCCAACCCCACUGCUGCACUCACCUCUCCCAUCCAAAACCCUACCACCGCCCAGACCUCCAACCCCAACACUUACGCCACCACCAUCAAACUGCAUGUGCCCAUCACCCUGAGCUUCGAUGACGGCAACUACACGAGCUGGCGCGAGCUCUUCCUCGUCGCCCUCGGUCGCUACGGUCUCACCGCCCACGUCACGGGCAAGUCCACUCCAUCCGACACCGGCCCCGACUCCCCCUGGGGCCGCGACGACUACACCGUCCUCUCCUGGAUCUACGGCUCCGUCUCCGUCGACCUCCUCAACAUCGUCAUGCGUCCCGGCGCCACCGCCCGCACCAUCUGGGGCGCCAUCGAGGACCUCUUCCACGACAACAAAAAGCACCGUGCCAUUCAGUUGGAGGCUGACUUCCGCAACACACCGCAGGGGGACCUCUCCAUCAGCGACUACUGCGCCAAGCUCAAGGCCCUCGCCGACUCUCUUGGCGACGUCGGGCAGCCCAUCUCCGACGAGAAUCUCGUGCUCACCCUCCUCCGAGGUCUUAACGAGAAUUAUGCGCAUCUUCGUUCGUUUCUGCCGUUUCAGGUGCCCUUCCCCACGUUCCUGCAGACCCGGUCCGCCCUCCUCCUCGAAGAGACGCAGAAGAAGACCGACGUCAAAAACGCCGCAGCCACGGCACUCUGGGCUUGCGGCCAGAGCGUGCAGCCGCCGCCUGGCGGGCCUCGGCCUCCACCACCACCACCACCAUCAGCGCCCGGGGGCGCAGGAGGCGUCGGCCGUGGCACCGGCCAACUCUACGCCAACAACAACUACCGUGGCGGCCGCGGUCGCGGAGGUGGCCGCGGCGGGCGUGGACGCGGUCGCACCGACUCCCCCUGGCAGUACAAUCCGUGGACGGGCGCUCCCACUCGUGCCAACCUUCAGCAGCAGCCCCAGGCACCAUGGCAGCAGCCACCCUGGUCCCCUCGGCCAUGGUCUGCUCCUGCCCCUGGAGUACUUGGUCCGCGCCCCAGCUUCCCUGCGCCGCAGGCCUAUGCUGCAUACGGGCAGCCCUCCACCAGCUACGGUCCUCAGCCGACACCGCCACCGAGCUACAACCAACCGGCCUUGGACCCUGCCCUCGUCAACGCCCUGAACAAUAUGCAACUCUCAGGAGGCGACUGGUACAUGGAUUCUGGAGCAUCCUCCCACAUGGCAUCCGACCCCGUAUAUCUUUCCGCCAACCCGGUUCAACAUCGCAGGACAAAGCACAUUGAGCUGGACAUACACUUUGUACGGGAGAAGGUGGCCAUUGGAGCUGUCUGUGUUCUUCAUGUACCCUCCAGCUCUCAGUAUGCCGAUAUAUUCACCAAGGGGCUACCUACAGCAUUGUUCCAGGAAUUCAGAUCCAGUCUUCACGUCGACUACCCUCCUAGUUCAGACUGCGGGGGCGUGUUAGGCAACCGACAUACUAGGCCCAUCAGGCCAGAUUGUGGUGGUUAG